AGGGCUGACUCGCGGGCUGCGUGGGACUCACCGAACCCGGGAACGCGGGUGUCGGGGGUGGGAACUCGUAGUCCUGAGGCCCCAGCUGCUGGGCGCGGGAGAUGGCGGCGCGAUGGAGCAGCGAGAACGUGGUGGUGGAGUUCCGUGACUCCCAGGUCACCUUGACAGGGAGAAUUUCUGAACACAAGUUUGUUUCCUACAGGAGGGAGAAGAUGUUUCAGUUUCUAAAAACAAAGGUUCCCAAAAAGGCAACCGCAAUGUCUGUGGACUGUCUGGGGCAGCAUGCAGUGCUUUCCGGCCGCAGAUUCCUAUACAUCGUCAAUCUAGAUGCCCCCUUCGAAGGUCAUCGAAAGAUCUCACGCCAGAGCAAGUGGGACAUUGGAGCCGUGCAGUGGAAUCCUCAUGACAGCUUUGCGCACUAUUUUGCAGCCUCGAGCAACCAACGGGUCGACCUUUAUAAGUGGAAAGAUGGCAGUGGGGAAGUUGGCACGACCUUACAAGGCCACACUCGUGUCAUCAGUGACUUAGACUGGGCAGUGUUUGAGCCAGAUCUUCUGGUCACCAGCUCUGUGGACACCUACAUCUACAUUUGGGAUAUCAAAGACACACGGAAGCCCACCGUUGCACUGUCUGCUGUAGCGGGUGCCUCACAGGUCAAAUGGAAUAAAAAAAACGCUAAUUGCCUUGCUACCAGUCAUGACGGGGAUGUACGGAUAUGGGACAAGCGGAAACCCAGCACAGCAGUGGAGUAUCUCGCAGCCCACCUCUCCAAAAUCCACGGCCUGGACUGGCACCCGGACAGCGAGCACAUUCUCGCUACCUCCAGUCAAGACAACUCUGUCAAGUUUUGGGAUUACCGCCAGCCUCGGAAAUACCUCAAUAUUCUCCCUUGCCAGGUGCCUGUCUGGAAGGCCAGAUACACUCCUUUCAGCAAUGGCUUGGUGACUGUGAUGGUUCCCCAGCUGCGGAGGGAGAACAGCCUGCUCUUGUGGAAUGUCUUUGACUUGAACACCCCAGUCCAUACCUUUGUGGGCCACGAUGACGUGGUGCUAGAGUUCCAGUGGAGGAAACAGAAGGAAGGGUCCAAGGACUACCAACUGGUUACAUGGUCACGGGAUCAGACCCUGAGAAUGUGGCGGGUGGAUUCCCAGAUGCAGAGGCUUUGCGCAAAUGACAUCUUAGAUGGUGUUGAUGAGUUCAUUGAGAGCAUUGCUCUUCUGCCGGAACCAGAGAAGACCCUUCACACUCAAGAUACGGACCACCAGCACAACUCCAGCCACGGGGAGGAAGAAGUGUUAAAGGAAGACCCCCCAAGCAGUCUCCUGGAAGAGAAGAAAUCAGAGCAGCUGGGCCUGCCUCAGACCCUGCAGCAGGAGUUCUCCCUGAUCAACGUGCAGAUCCGCAACGUGAACGUGGAGAUGGACGCAGCAGACAGGAGCUGCACAGUGUCCGUGCACUGCAGCAACCACCGCGUCAAGAUGCUGGUGAAGUUCCCCGCGCAGUACCCGAACCACGCGGCCCCUUCCUUCCAGUUCAUUAACCCUACCACCAUCACAUCCACCAUGAAAGCGAAGCUGCUUAAGAUCCUGAAAGACACUUCCCUGCAAAAAGUGAAACGCAACCAGAGCUGUUUGGAGCCCUGCCUGCGCCAGCUCGUCUCCUGCCUUGAGUCUUUUGUGAACCAAGAAGACAGCGCUUCCAGCAAUCCCUUUGCGCUCCCGAACUCCGUCACACCGCCCCUACCGACGUUUGCCCGAGUGACCACCGCCUAUGGGUCCUACCAGGAUGCCAACAUUCCCUUUCCCAGGACCUCAGGGGCCAGAUUCUGUGGGGCAGGGUACCUGGUGUACUUCACAAGGCCCAUGACAAUGCACCGAGCAGUGUCUCCGACUGAGCCUACUCCCAGGUCUCUCUCAGCCUUGUCUGCCUAUCAUACUGGCUUGAUUGCGCCCAUGAAGAUCCGCACAGAGGCCCCUGGGAACCUCCGUUUGUACAGCGGGAGCCCCACGCGCAGUGAGAAGGAGCAGGUCUCCAUCAGCUCCUUCUACUACAAGGAGCGGAAAUCAAGGAGAUGGAAAAGUAAGCGUGAGGGAUCGGACUCUGGCAAUCGACCGAUCAAGGCUGCUGGGAAAGUGAUCAUUCAGGAUAUCGCCUGCCUUCUUCCUGUUCACAAGUCAUUGGGAGAACUCUACAUAUUGAAUGUGAAUGAUAUUCAAGAAACGUGUCAGAAGAACGCCACUUCUGCCUUGCUUGUUGGAAGGAAGGAUCUCGUCCAGGUUUGGUCGCUGGCUACGGUAGCUACGGAUCUUUGCCUUGGUCCGAAGUCUGACCCAGAUUUGGAAACACCCUGGGCUCGACAUCCUUUUGGGCGACAGCUGCUGGAGUCCCUGCUGGCUCACUACUGCCGGCUCCGGGACGUGCAGACGUUGGCCAUGCUCUGCAGCGUGUUUGAAGCCCAGUCUCGGCCGCAGGGGAUACCAAACCCCUUCGGGCCUUUUCCCAGCCGCUCGUCUAACCUCGUGGUGUCCCACAGUCGAUACCCCAGCUUUACAUCCUCUGGUUCCUGCUCGAGCAUGUCUGACCCAGGGUUCAACACUGGUGGCUGGAACAUAGCGGGGAGAGAGACAGAACACAUAUCCUCACCUUGGGGAGAGUCCUCACCAGAAGAAAUCCGCUUUGGGAGCCUGACCUACAGUGAUCCUCGUGAGCGAGAGCGUGACCAGCACGAUAAAAAUAAAAGGCUUCUGGACCCCGCCAACACUCAGCAAUUUGAUGACUUUAAGAAAUGCUAUGGAGAAAUCCUCUACCGCUGGGGUCUGAGGGAGAAACGAGCUGAGGUGCUGAAGUUUGUUUCCUGUCCUCCUGAUCCUCACAAAGGAAUCGAGUUCGGCGUAUACUGCAGCCACUGCCGGAGCGAGGUCCGGGGCACGCAGUGUGCCAUCUGCAAAGGCUUCACGUUCCAGUGCGCCAUCUGCCACGUGGCUGUGCGAGGGUCGUCCAACUUCUGCCUGACCUGCGGGCACGGGGGACACACCAGCCACAUGAUGGAGUGGUUUCGGACCCAGGAGGUGUGUCCCACUGGGUGUGGGUGCCACUGCUUGCUCGAAAGCACUUUCUGAACUGACAGGCCGUGCGAGUUGUGGGAAAUCCCAGAUAACCCAUCAAUGCCUGGUAACAAGCUCUCUGCCAGGAGGGAGGCUCCAGAACCCACCCCCAACUAGACCGGGAUGUGUUCCCCUCAAAGACCGACACAGUGCCAGCUGUUUGUGAGCCUUUGCCUUCUCUUCUGUUGGCUGUUGGUGGCAUGGAUGUUGGUGGAGGAGGACGCAGGCAGGUGGAAGUUUUCUUGGAGAAAAGCACCUGCCUCCAGAGCCGUGUUUACCUUUAAGAUGUUAACCUUAAACCACCGACAGCAUCUUUUCUGAUGCCAUCACAGGGAUCAAGGUCGGAUACAAAGGACAGUCUCCUGAGCCAAAGGACAGUGGACGUUAAUUCAGUUGACAAAUGGACCCAUGACAUAAGUUGGUGCAUUUAUGAACUGAUGGACUGUGACCUUUUAAAAUAUGAUACUUAAAUUAUAAAUAUGUAAUGUACUUAAGGAUCCUUAAGAUGUAUUUUUUUUUUAUUUCUCUUCCAGCUGUUCUCCCUUGGCUAAUAAAAUUCUAGUAAUCAUUGGGG